AUGGAGUUGGCACGGCUCCUCCUGAUCCCGGUCGUGUGGGUGCUCGCCGCCGCCGCCGCGGCACGGAGCCCCGGCUGCGCAACCAGGUGCGGCAACAUCGACGUCCCCUACCCGUUCGGCUUGGACCCGCAGUGCGCCAUCCACGACGGCUUCCAGCUCAACUGCAGCACCGUCGGCCGCGACACCAAGCUCUUCCACGGGACCCUGGAGGUGAUCAGGUUCUCCGUACACGACGGCAAGGCCUGGCUCAAGACCUUUAUCUCCCGGCAGUGCUACGACCAAGCCACGAGCGACAUGUCCUACAACAACGCGUGGGUGAACAUCAGCAACCUGCCCUACGUGCUGUCGGCGAGCGACAACAAAGUCAUCGUCGUCGGGUGCAAAAGCCUCGCCUACAUGUGGAGCGAUUCUUACAUAAUUGGCUGCAAGUCGACAUGCGACAAACCACUCAAGAACGGCUCAUCAUGCUCCACCGGUAACGCUGGGUGCUGCCAGGCGGAUCUGCCGACAGGCGUCCGGUAUUACCAAGGUUUUUUCAAUGAGUUGUACAACACCACUGAGAUAUGGAGGAAGACCCCUUGCAACUAUGUCACCGUGAUGGAGAGCGCGGCCUUCAGCUUCAGCACCGCUUACCUCACCUCAACGGUGUUCUACGACACUGAUGACUCAAGGACCCCGGUUGUGAUGGAGUGGGGGAUCACGCGGCAAACAUGUGAACAAGCCAGGAUCAACAAGACUAGCUAUGCUUGUGUUAGCGACCAUAGCGACUGUGUCAACAAUGAUGCAGGCUACCGCUGCAGGUGCUCUGACGGAUUCGAAGGCAACCCGUAUACCAUGGACGGAUGCACAGAUAUCAACGAGUGCCUAGACAAUGUUACUUACCCCUGCGCUGGAAUAUGCAAAAAUACACCGGGGAAUUUCACGUGUUCAUGCCCGCGAGGAAGAAGUAUGAUCAACGGCGUUUGUGUGAAAAAUCAAAGGUCAACUUGGAUGGCGCCGGUUGUUGGUGCAAGCGUUGGACUUGUGGCCCUUGUGAUCUGCAUUACCUGUGCAUACUUGAUCAGAGAAAGGAGGAAGCUGCAUCGCAUAAAACAGCGGUAUUUCCGACAGCAUGGUGGCCUGCUUUUAUUCGAGGAAAUGAAAUCACAACAAGGCGUCGCGUUCAAAAUCUUCUCCGAAGAAGAACUGCAGCAAGCAACAAACAAGUUUGAUGCACAGCAAGUCCUUGGCCAUGGAGGCCAGGGAACUGUCUACAAGGGAAUUCUAAAGAGCGGCAUCGAGAUAGCUGUGAAAAGAUGCAUGACAAUCGAUGAGCAACAAAAGAAAGGGUUCGGUAAGGAAAUGCUAAUUCUGUCCCAGAUCAACCAUAAGAACAUCGUGAAGCUCCUUGGUUGUUGCCUUGAAGUUGAAGUUCCCAUGCUGGUGUACGAGUUCAUCCCGAACGGCACACUAUUUGAUCUCAUCCAUCGAAACCAUAGUCAACACAAUUCCUUAAACACUCGCUUGAGGAUUGCUUAUGAGUCCGCUGAAGCAUUGGCCUACCUCCAUUCCUGUGCAUCCCCACCAAUCCUCCAUGGCGAUGUCAAGUCUACCAACAUCCUUCUAGAUGGUGACUACACAGCAAAAGUCUCUGACUUUGGCGCGUCCAUCCUAGCACCAAAUGAUAAGUCACAAUUUGUCACAGUUGUCCAAGGAACUUGUGGGUACCUCGAUCCGGAGUACAUGCAAACAUACGAAUUAACUGACAAAAGUGAUGUAUACAGCUUUGGAGUUGUUCUCCUUGAGUUGCUCACACGCAAGAAGGCACUCAACCUGGAAGGACCUGAGGACGACAGGAGUCUGUCAAUGAGGUUUUUGUAUGCAAUGAAAGAAAACAAGCUUGAGGAUAUCCUAGAUGAUGAAAUCAAGAACAAUGAGAACAUAGAGUACCUUGAGGAGAUUGCAGAUUUAGCGAGGCAAUGCUUAGAGAUGAGUGGCAUGAAUAGGCCAUCAAUGAAGGAAGUUGCAGAUAAGCUUGGUAGGCUGAGAAAGAUCGUGCAACAUCCAUGGGCACACGAGAAUCCUGAAGAGUUGGAUAGCUUGCUCGGAGAGCCGUCCAUGGUGAACUCGACUGGUACUACAGGAAAUUUCAGCAUUGCAAAGAAAGCUGCCAUGGGCUUAGAAUCUGGGCGUUAGUUACAACACUCCACAUUAUAGAUAUUUGUACAUUUUUGUUGACUGCAAUGAUUUGCGG